UGCCCCUCAGGCCGCAAGGUCCUGCCUCCGACCUGGGCUGACGGAGCAGCUCCCGCGAGUAGGGAGCCGCGCCGGGGACGCCGCCCAGGCGGCCGGGUCCCCGGGGCUGGGCGCUGCUGGCGGAGCCGACGGGGCGGAGAGGAGCGCGGCGGGAGGAGGAGUAGGAGGAGGGGGCUGGUCAAGGGAAGUGCGACGUGUCUGCGGAGCCUUUUUAUACCUCCUUCUCCGGAGUUCGGCAGCAGGCGCUGCCGCCGCCACCGCCAUCCGUGCGUCCUAGCGCCUCUGCUCCCAGGAGCCGGGCUCCGAGUUCCAGCUCGCCGGGUAGAGCCGCAGCCAGCCAGUAUGUCGGGGGUCAAGAAGCAGAAGACGGGGAGCCAGCAGAAAUCCACCAAUGUCAUCUAUCAGGCCCACCACGUAAGCAGGAACAAGAGAGGGCAGGUGGUUGGAACAAGGGGCGGGUUCCGAGGAUGUACCGUGUGGCUGACAGGUCUCUCCGGUGCUGGAAAAACAACCAUAAGUUUUGCCCUGGAAGAGUACCUUGUCUCCCACGCCAUCCCGUGUUACUCCCUCGAUGGGGACAACAUCCGUCAUGGCCUCAACAAGAACCUUGGAUUCUCUCCCGGGGACAGAGAAGAAAAUAUCCGGCGGAUUGCCGAGGUGGCUAAGCUGUUUGCUGAUGCUGGUCUGGUCUGCAUUACCAGCUUCAUUUCUCCUUUCACAAAGGAUCGUGAGAAUGCCCGCAAAAUCCAUGAAUCAGCGGGACUGCCAUUCUUUGAAGUAUUUGUGGAUGCGCCUCUGAAUAUUUGUGAGAGCAGAGAUGUAAAAGGCCUCUACAAACGGGCCCGAGCCGGGGAGAUCAAAGGGUUUACGGGUAUUGAUUCUGAUUAUGAGAAACCUGAAACUCCUGAGCUUGUGCUGAAAACCAACUUGUCUUCAGUGGGUGACUGUGUCCAGCAGGUAGUGGAACUUCUGCAAGAGCAGAACAUUGUACCCCAUACUGUAAUCAAAGGCAUCCAUGAACUCUUUGUGCCCGAAAACAAGCUCGGCCAGGUGCAAGCUGAGGCUGAAGCUCUCCCUUCGUUAUCAAUUACCAAGCUGGAUCUUCAGUGGGUCCAAGUUUUGAGUGAAGGCUGGGCCACUCCCCUCAGAGGUUUUAUGCGGGAGAAGGAGUACUUGCAGGCUUUACACUUUGGCACUCUGCUAGAUGGCAUGGUCGUUCCUGAUGGUGUGAUCAACAUGAGCAUUCCCAUUGUACUGCCUGUCUCUGAGGAUGAUAAGACACGGCUGGCAGGGUGCAGCGAGUUUGCCCUGACAUACAGUGGACGGAGGGUGGCUAUCUUACAAGACCCUGAAUUCUACGAAAAUAGAAAAGAGGAGUAUUGUUCCCGUGUGUGGGGGACAACGUGUGCAAAACACCCCCAUAUCAAAAUGGUGAUGGAAGGUGGGGAUUGGCUGGUUGGUGGAGACCUUCAGGUGCUGGAGAGAAUAAGGUGGAAUGAUGGGUUGGACCAAUACCGCCUGACACCUCUGGAGCUCAAACAGAAAUGUAAAGAAAUGAAUGCUGAUGCAGUAUUUGCGUUCCAGUUGCGCAAUCCUGUCCACAAUGGCCAUGCUCUAUUGAUGCAGGACACCCGCCGCCGGCUCCUGGAGAGGGGCUACAAGCACCCGGUCCUCCUGCUCCACCCUCUGGGUGGCUGGACCAAGGAUGACGACGUGCCCUUGGACUGGAGGAUGAAGCAGCACACAGCUGUGCUCGAGGAAGGGGUUCUGGAUCCCAAGUCAACCAUCAUUGCCAUCUUCCCAUCUCCCAUGUUAUAUGCUGGCCCCACAGAGGUCCAGUGGCACUGCAGGUCCCGGAUGAUUGCAGGGGCCAAUUUCUACAUUGUGGGCCGGGACCCUGCAGGAAUGCCCCACCCUGACACCAAGAAAGACCUGUAUGAACCCACUCAUGGGGGCAAGGUCUUGAGCAUGGCCCCUGGCCUCACCUCUGUGGAAAUCAUUCCAUUUCGAGUGGCUGCCUACAACAAAGCGAAAAAAAGCAUGGACUUCUAUGAUCCAGCAAGGCACAACGAGUUUGACUUCAUCUCAGGAACUCGUAUGCGGAAGCUGGCCCGGGAAGGAGAAAAUCCCCCAGAUGGCUUCAUGGCCCCCAAAGCAUGGAAGGUCCUGACAGAUUAUUACAGGUCCCUGGAUAAGGACAACUGAAUGCCCUUCAGCUCCAGAGUUUCUUUCUGAAGUGCUCUUUGAUUCCUUUUUCUAUUUUUGUGAUUAGAUGCUUUGUAUCCAAUUGCUACUCAAUGACUGAUUUUAGUGUUUUAUAAUAAGGUAAAAAUUGUGUCUAUAAUUUAAAGUCAACUUCAAAAUAUAUAUAUAUAAAAAGUCAAACUGAAGACCAAAUCUUAGCAGAUGAAAGCAAUAUUGUUAUCAUUUCAGGAUGAAAUUAGCUGCAUUGUCUACUGCAUCUGAGCAGGAAUGUCCCAGAUUUCUUAAAUCUUUGACCAUGUCUAGUUUACUUGCCAAAAAGUAAAGCAUAUUUUCUAGCCAAAGUCUUGCCCACCAGCACUCAACCAAUGUUAUUUACCAGUAGUAAAAUAAAUCAGAUGAGCAGGCUUUUCCAUACAACUG